CAUGAAACAGUCGCAGGAGCUGUGCUGAAAGAAGAUCGUCGCCACGCGAAGCAUUGUGGGGAGGAGGCGGCCUAGUCUAAAGAGACAGGCAGGAACUGGUAGAUAGAGUGGUGGAAGAAAACAUUCUAAAUAUUGGUAGAAAUCUCGAGUAAAACAGCGCGUUUCAGUAGUAAGCCUCGCAAUUAUCAGACAUGGGGCAGGAAGAUAUGAUGAGUACGGCUGAAGACGUGGCGGAUCAGUUCCUGCGGGUGACCAAGCAGUACCUGCCUCACCUGGCUCGCCUGUGCCUCAUCAGCACCUUCCUGGAGGAUGGCAUCCGCAUGUGGUUCCAGUGGAAUGAGCAAAGGGACUACAUUGAGGCCACGUGGGGAUGUGGCUACUUCCUGGCUACCUGCUUCGUGCUCAUUAACCUCGUAGGACAGCUGGGUGGCUGUGUCCUUAUCCUCAGUAGAAAUUUUGUACAGUAUGCUUGCUUUGGCUUAUUUGGCAUCAUCGCACUACAGACUGUUGCUUACAGCAUCUUAUGGGACUUGAAGUUUUUGAUGAGGAACCUAGCCCUGGGUGGAGGGCUGCUGCUGCUAUUGGCAGAGUCGCGGUCGGAGGGGAAGAGCAUGUUUGCCGGCGUGCCCUCCAUGGGCGAGAGUUCCCCCAAGCAGUACAUGCAGCUGGGCGGUCGCGUGCUCCUCGUGCUCAUGUUCAUGACCCUGCUGCACUUCGACUCCAGCUUCUUCUCGAUUCUGCAGAACAUGGUGGGCACGGCCCUCAUCAUCCUGGUGGCCAUUGGCUUCAAGACCAAGCUGGCCGCUCUCACCCUGGUGGUGUGGCUGCUGGCCAUCAACGUCUACUUCAACGCCUUCUGGGCGGUGCCUGCCUACAAGCCCAUGCACGACUUCCUCAAGUACGACUUUUUCCAGACCACGUCGGUCAUCGGCGGCCUGCUGCUGGUUGUGGCUCUGGGGCCCGGAGGGGUCUCCAUGGACGAGAAGAAAAAAGAGUGGUGAAAAGGCACUGUGAACCACCUCUACCCGACACCACCACCACCACCACCAUCAACAACAACAACGCCACCCUCCAGGACACACACACACACACACACACACACACACACAGAUCCCAGGAUCCUGUUCUCCUUUGCUCUGCUGCGUCCAGAUCUGUGCACUUGAGUUGCCAACCACACUCAAAACUUUCGGUUACAGCAUCGGUUUGGUUAACCCACCCCCCGGCACACGUCAACUCAUCCACCUUGUUUUUUUUUUUUUUUUUUUUUUAAGUAAUAUAGACAUAAGUUCAGCCAGAUGAAACACUGGCAUUUUUAUACACCGUUACCUUGUCACCAUGGCAGACAACUUAAACGAGACCACUGCAGUCAGAUCCUUUUGCGUUGUGGGUGGUGUUGCAACGCUGUUGGUGUUGCAAUGCAUCACUUCUUUUGUUGUUGUUGUUGUUGUUGUUGUUCUUUGCCUUCUGUUGAAUCUGUGAAUUUCUCUGGCACUAAAUGAGUUCCCCCAAUUGCCGUUAUAGUGGAUGGUGGCUUUUAAUAACACAAGGGGGAAAUGGGACAUUGGUACAUGGUGGUACAUGUUCAUGGCAUAACUUAAAUACAUUUAGCCAAGUAGGGGAAGAAUUGGUGAGCAGUCUUCAUUGGUUAGUUGUCGGUUUUUGUCGACCUACGACGAGAAGUGCACAGCUCUGUUUUGAAGCGCACAGCUCUGUAUUUAAACUGAAGACGAGUUUGUCUCGGGGUUGCUCACCAUAUCUGUUUUGAGACACUGAGCUCAAGUUUGUUUCAUUAUUUUGUCAUGUCUUCUCCAGCUCUCUCUCUCUCUCUCUCUCUCUCUCUCUGUCUCUGUCUUUUUGUCUCUCUCCUCUACCCCAACCUUAAUGUGAGCCCCUUGAUUACCUGUAUCCUAAUGUUUGGUCGUAAUCCGUGUCCACUGAAUGACAGUCAAUGUGUUUGAAUUUGGGGGUCUUUCAGUGGAACACUGCAACCAGUUAGAGUAAAGCAGACUUGAUGCUUACCAUCUGAAUUUUUUUUUUUUUUUUAAUCAGAACUCACUUUUGGACUAUAUUUGUACUGUGUAUUUUUGGUAAGCACCCUCGCCUAGACACAUGUCAGAUCAAGGUAGGAAAUGGGAGUUUGCUGUUGCAAAAACAAAAUGCCAUAUUUUAUGAAACCGAAAAUGCAGAGGCAAGCUAUACUGGGCAGAUCACCAGUUCAAUCCCGCUUUGGUGUUUUGCUCAGUGUUCUUGCUGUUUAAGAAGAUAAAAUGUACUCAUUGUAUUGAUUUUCAAAAAUUUAUAUUGUACUUUUGAUUUUCUUUUUUGUGAGAUCAUGGCAGAGAAUUAAAAAAAAGGCAAAAGGAAAACCAA